CCCUGGUUAAAAGGCUGGCUCAUUCCUUUCGAGGCACUUGAACCAGACAUUAUCUACUUCUUGAUAUCCUCCUACGGUUCACGAGCAGGGAAGCCGGUGGCUGUUGCUCCCCAUCGGUUACAUUGCUUCACACCUCUUCUCUCUAUCUCUAUCUUUUAUUCCUUCACCUCAUAUCUUAUACAUCACCGUAUAGACCAUAGUCGAUCAGCACUAUGAACGUUGAAACGAGCCUCCCUGGCUCGUCUGGUUCGGAUCUGGAAACCUUCCACCAUGAGACCAAGAAACAUGCCAACCAUGAUUCCGGAAUAUCUGUCAAUCACGAAGCCGAAAUAGGCGUCAACCAUACAUUCGAGAAGCCAGGUCCAGUGGGGAUCCGCGAACGUUUACGCCAUUUUACCUGGGCCUGGUACACCUUGACCAUGAGCUGCGGCGGGUUGGCCCUCCUUAUUGUCAACCAGCCUCAUGACUUCAAGGGCUUGAAGGACAUUGCCCGGGUAGUCUACUGUCUCAACCUUGCAUUCUUCGUCAUCGUCACUUCUCUCAUGGCCAUCAGAUUCAUCCUGCAUAAGAAUAUGUGGGAGUCUCUCGGUCAUGACCGUGAAGGUCUCUUCUUCCCGACCUUCUGGCUUUCCAUUGCAACCAUGAUCACUGGAUUGUACAAGUGCUUCGGUGAUGACGCGAACGAGAAAUUUACCAAGUGUCUCCAAGUCCUCUUCUGGAUCUACUGUGGCUGUACCAUGAUCACCGCCGUCGGUCAGUACUCUUUUGUCUUUGCCACCCAUAAAUACGAGUUGCACACCAUGAUGCCUUCGUGGAUUUUGCCUGCCUUCCCUGUCAUGCUUAGUGGUACCAUCGCGUCUGUUAUCGGAAGCGGCCAGCCGGCCAGUGACGGUAUCCCUAUCAUCAUAGCUGGCAUUACCUUCCAGGGACUUGGUUUCUCGAUCAGUUUCAUGAUGUACGCCCACUACAUCGGACGACUGAUGGAGGUCGGCUUGCCUUCCCCCGAACACAGGCCUGGCAUGUUCAUCUGUGUUGGCCCACCUGCCUUUACUGCCCUCGCUUUGGUUGGUAUGGCUAAGGCGUUGCCUGAUGAUUUCCAGAUCGUCGGUGAUCCCCAUGCUGUUAUUGACGGACGCGUCAUGCUGUUCCUCGCUGUCAGUGCGGCCAUCUUCCUUUGGGCCCUGAGUUUCUGGUUCUUCUGCAUUGCGGUUGUUGCUGUCGUCCGAUCCCCGCCGAAGGGUUUCCACCUCAACUGGUUCGCCAUGGUCUUCCCCAACACGGGUUUCACCCUUGCCACCAUCACCCUGGCCAACAUGUUUGAGAGCCCAGGCGUCAAGGGCGUGGCCACCGCCAUGUCUCUCUGUGUCAUCAUCAUGUUUAUCUUUGUCUUGGUUAGCGCCAUCCGGGCCGUUAUCCGCAAGGACAUCAUGUGGCCGGGUCAAGAUGAGGAUGUGUCUGAAUGAUCUCUCACACCGCCUUGUUUCCUUUUUUUCUAUUUCUCUCAUAUUUAGCCUCAGCAUCUUUUGGGUUUCAAUGUUCUUGCAUCUCUAGCGGUGAAUUCUGGUGAACGAUUAUAUGCAUACACUAUAUUGAGCGCUCAUUCUUUGUGUCAGCCUUUCUACGACGCCUUUUGGAUUGUUGUUCUAGCUACACAGGCGUUUGGGAUACAUCAUAGAUAUAGAAUUAGACUUUUCCAUGUCCUACAAUUCCCGUAUCUUAUGUGUGACUCCAUCGGAAGUUCCC